AUGCCACGUGAUCAAUACGGACGAACAAAUGCAAAUGCAUAUAUUUCGGAACAAAUUCGAAAUGAAAUUCAACGUUUCGAAAGUGUUCAUCCAUGUAUUUACGCAGUUUACGAUCUCAUCGACUUGAUUCCUGAUCAUUUACUUCAAAAUCAGUUACGUGAUCAAGUAGUUUGCAUCGAAGUGCCUUUUCCCAAUUCUUCUACAUGGGAUGCAUUAAGUAAGAUUGCUGAACUAUUAACUCGUCGUAUUGUGGAAUUUUUGACUUCAGAUUUACAGAACUGUGUGGAGUGUAUUGUAUGA